AUGGCCCUCAUGACGGCCAAUGCAUCCGUCAAUGAUGUCCUUGUUAAGACUGUCGCCCGUUACAUACUUGCACGUUACACCAUUCCGUACACCCCUGACAUGCAUGUCCGAUGUGUUGCUCACAUUAUCAAUCUGGUAGUGCAGGCCUUUCUUGCAGGCUUAGAUGAGGCACCGGAUCUGGAUGAAGAAGAUCUAUUCGAUGUCAUCGAGGACUACCCGAUCCACUAUGAUGUUGAGAAAGAUGAAGUGCACAAAGCGAUGGAGGAUGAGAUUGUCGAUACAGAGGAGUUGAAGAAGAAGGAUAUCCAAAUUGACGAAGAUGAGGUGGCGACGAUGGGAGAGGCAAGCCCGCUGAAACGACUACGGUACAUUGUCAUGAAAAUAACCUCUUCACCUCAACGGCGGGAGAAAUUCAGGAAGAUUGCUCGAUCCAAGACACGAUGGAAUUACACGCAUGCGAUGAUUGAGCGAGCUGAUCUGCUUGAAGAUGUUGUCAAUACCUGGUUCUUUGAGACGAAGGAACUUCAUGGUGUGAUGCUCUCGGUGGCUGAUUGGAAGUCAUUGAAGCAGAUUGGUGCCAUUCUCGAGGAAUUCACGAAGGCAACGUUCAAGAUCUCACACAGCGGAAUGCCAACUAUCCCUUUUGCCCUGCCGGUCUUCGUCGCAAUGGAAUUUCAUCUCAAGAAGUUCUCCGAUGACGCUCAGGCCUUUUCAUACAAAGUCCGUGCAGGAGCAAAGGCAGGGCUUGCUAAGCUUAAGAUCUACGCAGAUCGUGCAUUCUCGAACCAAUACUAUCUCCUUGGGACAGUCCUUCACCCCAAUCUCCGCACCCGUUGGUUUUCCAAACUCGGACAAGGCAAGCCCGACGAGUCGAGGGUUGAGGCCUUGCUCCAUCACGUUGCCGAGACCUACAAAGAAGAACAUCCAGCCCAGAACAACCACGAAGACACCUCCACUUUUACUGGCUUGAAAAGCUUAGCGGCAAGAUCGCGCGACAUCCUUGAGGACAUCUGUGAUGUUGACAUACCCGAGGCGACAAAAAUAACCAGCCAGCAAACAGCUCUCGAGGACGAGAUCAAGCGCUACAUCAAAUUUGAAGGUGGGAAGGGAAAUCUUUAUGACCCUCUUGCUUGGUGGAAGGCACGUACUCCCAAAUCCUCAGUGAUUCACGGCGCAGCAUUUCCAACGCUUGCUCGGAUGGCACGGGACUUCCUUGCCAUUCCGGCUACCAGUGUCUCCAUGGAGAGGGUCUUCUCGCAGUCUCGUCACAUCUGUCGAGAUCUCAGGUCAUCCUUGAAGGCUGCAACAAUCCCUCUCGGGGGUGCCUGUCUCAGCUCCAGCAGCGGUGACCACAACCUCGUUGCUCAACACCUCGUUCAUAUCAGCAUUGCCACCACCGCCGCCGCUGCCCUCCUCCUCCUCCUGCUGUUUCGCUGUCGUCUCGGAAGGCCCAUCAUGGACGUUGACAUGUUUGACAAUGAAACCGCCAGCAAGGAGAUGGUUGUCGACUUGCAGGAGACGGCUGAAUCACCACCCAGCAACUGCAACAAUGGAAGGCUAUCCUUGCCUGCCCAGCUCCCUGAUGGCCAGCUGACGGUUCAGUUCUAUGAUAUUGACUCGAUGCGGCAUGUUCAAUUGAGCGACUUAUGUCGAAUCUACAAGCUCCCCCACUCUGGAACCAUCCCAAAGCUGAAGGAACGUCUGCGGAAGUUUAGUCGAGACCCACAGGCAGCAGACAGCAGGAAGCCCUACACCCGCAAUUCUCAUCUCGGACCAAAGACUGGGAACACAUCAUCUCAGAAGAAGAAGUCCGCCCAACGGUGUGAAGCCCUCUUCGAGAAUGUCCCUCCACCCAGCACCACACUUGGUUUGCCUGUUCUCUUGUCGACUGCGGUGUCCCUGAAGCAGAGGGAGCAUGAUCUUGCAUGGGCUUCGAGUAUCGUUCAGAGAUAUCCCUACCGUACGAAAGAGAUGCACCUCAAGAUUGCCAAGGGAAGGCUUGCAGCGAGGACAUACCUUCGGGGCUCAGAUGGCAGCAUUGAAUGUGCCACCGACCAGUCAAUCAAGAAGGGACUCGAUGACGCCAACACCAAUAUUACGAAGCUGCUCGACUACAUUACGACUGGCCCACUGGCUGAUCGCACAGCGAACACCAUCGACAACACAGGGACGUCUCACUUUCACAGCCCCACCACCAACGAUCAACAACUUGCAAACCCUGUAUCCACAUUCAGCCUACCUGUUGCCCUCUCGCUGCCUCCGACCGAAGGUCUAUCAACGUCGUCCACAACAAGAACAAUUGUUCUUCAUAGUGGGCUUACCCUGACAUUCACAGAAGCUGAGGUUCCUCCACCGCCAGCCAUCUCCUUUGCGAAGAACCUGCCCUCCCUCAAUCGGAUGUGGGAUGACCACUCUGAACAUUGGGAUUGCCAGUCGGUUCUCGUAAUCAAAGGAAUCCCAAUCCCAAUAUGUUACUGGAAGGACAUCUACACAUCGAAAGGGUCACCCAAGGGUUGUCCAUGGAAGCAGAAUCAGUGGAAGGGGCUCAAGGGUCGGUGGUUUGAAUGGAAGGUACAUCUUUUCACAAGUUCUGCACAUGAAGUCGUUAUUGACACGAUCCAGGUGCUCAUCAAGGAGUGGCAGCGAGGCAGCCCAGACGAAUUCUGGGCACACUUUGUGGUCGAUGGGAAACCACUCGGGUAUAAGGCAAUUCUGGACAAGUUGGCGGAGUGGCGAGGAGUGGAGAAUAACAUGCUAUGCGAGAGGGCAAAGCUGGAAUACAGUGAGCAGUUUUCUUCCAUCUUCUCUUACACUAAAAAUGGCAGGAAAUGUGUAAAGACCAAGGCUUCCAAUGUCGCGAAGCAGUACCACGAGCUACAAGGAAUCCAGGACAAUGAUGAUGACGAUGAGUAG